CGGCAGGCGAGACGGGGAACAGUGUGUGAAGGGCGGCGGCGGCGACAACACACGCAGCUCCCUCACCUCCUUGCCUCCCACUGGCUGGCCCGCAUCCCACAUGCUCGCGCGCCCCUCGCUCCCGCGCCUCGCCUUAUCCCUUGCCCGACGAAUCUGUAGGCCGCCACCGCAGAAGUGAUCCUCCUGACGAACUUGCGUUCCGCCCCGUCCCAGUGGAGGCCGUGCGUUCAGUAAUUUCGUGGAGACGCGACUCCCGCCUCCGCCACCAUGAAUCGUAGGUGUGCCCCGUGGUGGGCGGUGUGGGUGAUGAGUGUGGGCGUCCUGGUGUGCAGUACUGGUAUCCAGGGCGCUACCACACCUUCCCCGAUCCUUCCCUCCUCCUGCCCGCCGGAGGAGCUGACGGGCUACAGUGUGGCCAUGUCGGCACACUGGAGCCCAAGAGAUUUCCCCAAGCACUACCCCGAGUGGCGACCCCCCGCGCAGUGGUCCAAGCUGAUAGGCAUGAGCCACAGUCCAGAGUACAUUCUGUUCCGGGCGGGCGAGGUGGCUUCACCGGCACUCAAGUCCUUCGCCGAGACGGGCCGCAGUGACCUCAUAGACCAGGGGCGCAGGUGUGCGGACCACGGGGUGCUGGACGCCUUCAACACGCCGCCCAUUAACCAGGGUGUGGGCGUGGUGCGAGCGCAGUUUUUCGUGGACGGCAACCACUCUAGGGUGUCGUUGGUAUCCAAGAUCGUGCCCUCGCCAGACUGGUUCGUGGGCGUGGACAGCUUUGACCUAUGCGAGGAUGGCAACUGGGUGGACAACGUCAAAAUACAGGUUGACCCGCUUGACGCUGGCACGGACAAUGGGCUGACCUUCACUGCGCCAAAUUGGCCCACGACACCCCAAGAGAGAAUCUUCCGCAUCACCGCCAAUUACCCGAGUCAUCCUGCCCACUCCUUCCACUACCCGACCCUCACCCACCUGCCUAGGAUAGCCACCUUCACCAUCACCAAGGUAAAGGAAUACACACUGAGAGAGCACCUGGACGGGUCUGAUGUGGGACCGUAUGACGUGGUAAAGCUGGAGGACAUCGCUUACAAGCAUUACGGCGACCAGGCGGUCUCUGAGCGUGACCAGGGCCGCCGGCACGUCGGGAUGGCCCAGGCAGCUCGUCCGCCUUCCGCCAAGGCCAAGAGUCGUGUGCCGUAUGGUGGAGUUCGCAGCCUUACCACCACCACACCGUCACCACCUAUCAGCUCCACUACCCAGCUCGACUCGGACCUCCUCGCCCAUCGCCGCCACGGGAGCAAUCAAAGGACUCCCACCGCUGUUCCCACGCAUGCUUGGCCUACGGGAGUGACCGAGCCAGGCAUCCAUAACUCCCUCGUGCAUUUCUUGCCGCCACCAAGGACAGGAGGACCAGCUAGGAGGGUCUCCAUCAUGAGUAAUUCAGUAGAAGACGAAGGAGGAGCCGAAGGAGGAGGAGGCGGCGGAGGAAGAGGAAGAGGGGAAGAAGAUGGUGAGGAGGAAGAUGAGACACAUGCGGAAGAAGGAGAGAAGUUCGGUGUUGGUCGUAGCGUGGGAGGACAGGUUGGACAGAACCGCAUCCCGUCCGGCAACGCUAUGGCGGUGAUAGACGAUAUCGUGAAAAACUACCAGAAAGAGCAGCGAAAGAAGAGAAGGAAACAGCGAAGGAAGCAGAGGAGGGAGGAAAGGAGACGCAGAAAGGGACUCAAAAAAAUACGUCCUCCACGCGACUGCCGAGUGUCUGAGUGGUCCGGAUGGUCCCCAUGUAGCAAGACUUGCGGCAUCGGCGAGCAGACCAGAACCCGAACAAUUGUGAAGCACGCCCGGCGAGGAGGCAAAGUGUGCCCAGUGCUGGAGGAGACUACGUGGUGCGGCUCAGCGAGGGCCUGCCCCAACAGGAUCUAUUUCAAGUGGACCUAAAUCGAGAGAGGCAGCGAGGAUGAAGAGGGCUUGGAAAUUAGAAAAGGAGGAAAGAAAAGUUUCGACUAGAGUAUAUAUGCGAAUAAUGAGAAGGAAGUUUUGGCUGUGGAAUACAAGAGAGGUGUUAGGUUUUGUCUGAGGAAUAGGAAGAAAAAUGCUUGGCUGAUGAAGCCAAGAUCACGAGUCGCAUAGAAGAGGGAGGGGUCGCGGUGAGCGGUGAAUGGUGCCGUAGGAUCUAAAUAAACGGUUCCCACUGUGUACAUCUCACCAUUAGAAGUCACCGCCUCUCCUCUUGAAAUUCAGUAGCCUUGUCUGGUCCUCAGGGAAAUAAAAAAAAAAUACCAAUAGUAUUAAGUCACCUACUCAACAUUUCCAACAUUUUUAUUUUAGAGGAGUCGUUUUGGUGGUGGCUGCAUCUUGAUUUUUGUUCGAACUCAUUGGUGUCCCGUUGGUUGCCAUUUCACUAAGUUCCCUGAGGAGCACGACCAGGCGAAUCCCAGACCGACAUAUCAAGAGAAACAUGCUGCCAUAGUAAGCGUUUACAAUAACGAUAAUGUAACACAGAGUUGGAUCAUUAUGUUUAUCGUUUUAUGCUGUUCGAGGAGAGGAACAUAUCUUGGGCAUAGUAGUAGUGAUCUAUACAGAGAAAGGGAGAGACUGAAAAACAGCACCACAUUUGUCAUCGCCUAGUCAAUGAAAUACAAGAGUGACGCA